AUGAGAAGGCAGCAUGUUUGGCAACGCCUUGCUGGAUCGGCAUCAAUUGGUCACCGUCCUUAUGGGAUGCUACGCAGAAGCCGCACUGCCUUUGUCGUAUUGUCCUCUCAUCAGGUGCAGCCUGUACAAUUUCCAGAACGCAAUCGGUCCUAUUUGAGUACGUUUACCAAGACGUUGGGUGACCGUAAAGUCCGCCUUCGUCCUCUCAGAUGUUCUCACCAAAAUCGACGAGUAUCAUCAACUAACAGCAGUAUUGCCACCACAGUCAGCAUCACUCGACCCGCUCAAGACGAAGACCCUGCUGCAGCCCAUAUCGGUAUAUCUGACGUGGAAGACAUAGCGUCCUAUAAUUGGCUGGAGAAACCCACGCCCACCAUCCUAGUCCCGGGUAUACCUCCAGUCUGGUCCGUCCCGAAAAUCACUCCUCGAUUGCUGCCAGAUGUCGGCAAGCGCGUUCGCUACAUCGACGAGAACGCUGAUCGCUAUCCAUGGUCACAGCUCGAGCCUCUAGUUCAGGCGGUCACAGCUACACAUCCAGAUUUCGAUUUCAAUGGCCUAGAUGUUGUGACCGACAGGCGGCCAAUCCGACAGGUUCUGGAGUGGGCGACAGGAAAGUCCAAAGAGUUCCAGUUCGGGGUUGAGGUCGUUCGGAAUACUGCUUUCUUUAUAAGAACCGAGAAACACGCACGUGAGACAGUUCGUUCUGGGAUGUUUCGAGGGUAUCGGCGCGCCUUCGAGCAGUCAUAUUUCAAGAUACCAUUUUACGCCCAAGACACUACGGCUCAUUAUGCUAUGAUUCGUUACCGGCUUGGUACAUUGAAGGCCCUUAUCUGCUCGACUUUUGAUGGCUAUCUGCCGGAAGAGGUCUCAGGUCACGACACUUCGGCAAGCAGAAGUACUCAUGGUCAAGCGGAUAUGGCCAAUUUCAGGAGCUCUAUCUCUCACCUUCCGAGGGCUCCAUCGAUCAAAGACACACCAGAGGCGCCAAGUUUGACUGUGCUCCGAGGCAAAAAGGAGGUUCCUCAUUCGGCCCUCUUCGAACUCUCAACGCGUUCAAAGUCUAGAAAGACACCAAUUAAUAUAGAGGCCAAAUUUCCAGAUAUGUGGCUAUCCCAGACGCCAUACUUUGUCACCGCGCUCCAUGAGAACGUUAAAUCGAGACAAUCUCGUGAUAAUAAGGAAUUACCCCCUUUCGCCGAGUUCAAGGAUAUUCAAAUCACGCAUAUCAAGGAAAAACUGCAACAAUGGGAAGAGGCUAACCAGUCGAGCAUCAGAAAAUUUGUGGUCGUGCUGCAGCAAAUCCUUGAGCAGGCAGCGGCUAUGGAAGCACCUUGUAUGGUUACCCAUGUGAAGACCGGGGAAGGUCUGAGGUUGUCAAGGGUGCACCCUGGCUCGUUCGCGGGGUCGCCAGAGAGCUUGAAAGCCAGACUGCGUGACAGUAGUUGA